UGUGCGCUGGCCGGCUCAUUUGUAAUAAGUUAACAAGAAGUAACAUACUUUCCCGCGUGGAGCCACACUAAGCGGCCCGACUGUGAUCCUAUCGGAACAGCUUGGUAACCAGCUUUGGCGGGUACCUGUCUGCUGCAAGGGUGUUCGGUUGCUGGUUCACUUCCUUCUGCAGUCUUUACGGAAAACAUUUUUUAUUUUCGCUGAGUUAGACAGCUAUCCACUUGGAUUCUAGUUUUCGUCGGAUGGUGGUCUUUUUUACGUAGAUGUAGGAUUCCAGUGACAUUCUGAGGUAGCCGGCGAUGACAAUGACGAUGGUUUGUCGAAAUUGUAUCUGCACAAUAGCACUAAGCACUUCUCUAAAGCUUGCGCGACAUAAACAUUGGAAGCAGUAUAUGCGACAAUUUGUCCACGAUUUGAAUGUCUUGCUGGAAUAUCUUUAACCGCCGAAUAAACCACCCAGGGAAGGACGGGCAAAGUGGUCCGAAGGGUUUUGGGGAUGUUUUUGCUUUUAACACAGCACCGGAAAAGUGCAAACUGCAUAUCAUAAUGAUAUUCCAGCAAUGUUGCACCAAAUGCGUGCGACUUUGGUGACAGUAGGUUCAACGUUGACAUGCCUGUUCGUCAUUGGCGAAACCGGCCGCGCUAACACUGUUCCAGAGCACAGGCUCGCUUCUGUCCAUGUUUGGUACCGGGACGCGCGUGGUGCCGGCUGAACCAGGCCGACUCACGACCGAAGGCCUCAGCCGCCGGCACUGUGUCGGCAGCACCGUCCGCGGCUCAGCAGUGUGGUCCGCAGACGCCCACCCUGCAACGCCGGAAACAUGUCGCCAAUGUCUUCGAUCCCGUGUGGGCCAUCGAUCCAGACGACUUUCUAUCGGGGAACUGCUGCGGCGACAUGUUCCACUGUCCCACGCGGCAGGCGACCUGCCUGCGCUGCGGCGAAGAGGAGUGUAACCCCCUACAGCUGGGUAUGCCUGGCUGUCCUGACCUGCAGUGCCAGCUUUUCGGCCUGUUAUGCGACCAACGCCGUGACUGUGCAGACGGCUCGGACGAGGUGCAUUGUGCCGACAUCGUCGCGUCUUACACUGUCACCGGCGGCAUGAGCAUCAGCAACUUCGAGCUGGUCAUCUACGGGGUCAGUUUGGAGACGUGCGCCGCCUACUGCUUCUUCCACCCCAGCACUUGCCUAGUCUUCAGCUACUCCAACACAACUGUCGGCGCGACGGGCGGCGUGACGCAGACCCAACAGGCGGCUUUCGGCCGUCGCACCUACACCAGUCAAUGUCUGAUUGGCUGUACGGUGUGCGGCCUGCUCUCAGUGCCCAACGUUUACUUCACCCUCUACAAGAGCACUGCGACGACGACCGAGCUGCGGAACAAGGUGAUGCUGACGCGAUCUGAGUCGGACCCGGCGCGGGACCUGCUGCCGCUGUUCCCCACCUGCGGCCAGCGGAGCGUCGAGCCGACCAGCGUGGUGACCGUCGAUCGCGUCGUCGGUGGACAUCAGGCCGUGUAUGGCGAGUUCCCGUGGCAGGCGCAGAUCAAGGUGUUCGACCCCAAACAACAAGCGUAUGUUCCGCACUGCGGGGGUGUCAUGAUCAGCGACCGCUUCGUGCUGACUGCGGCUCACUGCAUCACCGAAGGAUAUGGCAGGUACGAGGUAGUGCUGGGUCAGUACGAUCUGAGGACGCGCGAUGAAUCGGAGCGGGCGUUUGCGUUAAGAAACGCGGUUAUCUUGCCGGACUACCGCACCAACAGGACGAAGGUGGGAGAUUUGGCUAUCUUGGUGCUGGAUCUCUCCAAUGAACAGGCCAUACGCUUCACCAGACAGGUGCGUCCGGCCUGUCUGAUCCGGCCGACGGACCCGCUGCCACCGCCCGGCUCGCGCUGCCUCAUCUCCGGCUGGGGGAAGUACCUGCCUCUGGCUGACGUCACCCCCUUCCGGCUGCGCGGGGCCCUCGUGCCCGUCGUUGAUGACCGCGUGUGCGCCAGGGCAGACGUGUACGGCGACGCGUUCGUGCCGGACAAGAUGAUAUGUGCCGGCUUCCUGGAAGGCGGCGUUGACACGUGCCAGGGCGACUCGGGCGGCGGGCUGGUGUGUCAGGCCGGGGACGACGGGGCCUGGCAGGUGGUGGGCGUCGUGGCGACCGGCGGCGUCCAGUGCGGCGCCCCCAACCGGCCCGGCAUCUACACCGAGCUGCAGGCCUACUAUGCCGACAUCGUCAGCAUCAUGUCGGCAGUCAACUGAGGCGCCUUCGUCAUGACCAACUGAGUGGCGGCGGCACCGAGGUGGCCUGGUCGAAGUGUGGACGCGGGUCCAUGCUCGGCGGUGCUCGUUGUUGGCUGCCGCGGUUGCCCUCCAGUCAAGCUUCGCGCAAGGCGCGACGGACUGCUGGGAUACACGGUGCCUUUGAUGUCUGCUGUGCAGUCCUUAGCUCUCUUUCGGGUGAGCUCCCCCCGAGCUUUUCCUAUUCGGGGCGAGGGGGCGGAUUUGGCUCCACUUGAGAUAUCGUCAGCUAAUACGCCAUAUUUUGAGGAAAAAUCUUAACGGCAUUUGAUUUCUUGUGACGCAAUGCAUAUUAAAACAGAAAUCUGGAAAAUUUCUGAUAGUAGGUAACAGGAUAGCAAGACAUGCAAAAUGAAUGCAAUUUGAUCCAACGCGCUCAUCACGUUUGGCAGCCAACUUCAGCGCGACCAGCGCAGAUAGAUGAACAAAAUUAUUAAAGCGCGUUGAACUUUCAAAACUGUAAAUUCUCAAGCGCAUCUAGAAGAUGCACAGCGGAUUGAGAACAAAAAUCAUCCAAACAUAUUUGUGGUUGGGCAUAUGUAAAGCAAAUGAGUGGUACUCUUCUUUGUUACCACAAAGGCGGCCUUCUCAUCUGGUAACGGUAACGGACCUGCGGACCUACUUUCUCUUCACCUGUGGAAACCAAAGUUUUGGCAUGGGCACAGUCAGGGUGUAUAUUUGGGUUGUGAAUUGGAAGGCUAAGCGGGUAGUAGGCAUGCAUGGCUGUCAAAAGCCUCUCCCCAAUGUAAAUGACGUAUGGCGCCUACGUGACAUGCAUGGGUGUGUACCGUAGACGCAUCCCAUUUACCAAAGGAAGGGUUAAGGGCGCUUGAUUGAAGGGUCGCGGAUUGCUGGGGUCAGCUGACGGCCCGCUCUUGGUGGUCACGAAUACUGCUAUCUCAACCGCGUGUUGUCGUUCCUGGAUUUGUCUCCGGUGUAGCUUCUUACGAUAUCGUUUGUUUCGUUUGCUGUACAAAAGAAAAAAUAAAUGAAAUGCAGCAUUUUAGUAAAAGUCUUCAUGUGGCAGAGAUAUGGGGCUACGUUACUUUCAUGCCUGCAGACGGUUCUACGGAAAGUUGGCUGUUUGGCCUUCCUCCAGCUUUAUGUGUGCGAACAUGGUUCUAUGUUAUCCAUUGGUAGCACCGUCACGCUGAGGUGGCUAUGAGGGUACAUUCCUUGAAAUACCCGUUUGCAAAACCUGGAUGCACCGUUGUCACCUUUAAUGUCCCUUGUGCAAAUAUUGUGUGAAGGAGGGUAAUACAUGCCUGGUAAAGCUG